AUGAUCCGGGGCCUGGAGGCGGCGAUGGCCGAGAGCUCCCCGCAGCCGCCGCCCGUCGUCUUCUGCCAAGACUCCCCGAAGCGGGUCCUUGUGUCGGUCAUCCGGACGACCCCGAUCAAGCCCGCGUGCGGCAGCGGCCGGGAGCCUGAGCCGCCGCCACCGCUCAUCCCCACCAGCCCCGGCUUCAGCGACUUCAUGGUGUAUCCGUGGCGCUGGGGCGAGAACGCGCACAACGUGACGCUCAGCCCGGGGGCUUCGGGGGGUGCUGCCGCCACCUCUUCGUCGGCCGCCGCCGCCGAGCACCCGGGACUUCGGGGCCGAGGCGCGCCCCCGCCUGGUGCCUCGGGGGGCGAAGAGGAAGAGGAAGCGAGCAGUCCUGACAGCGGCCACCUCAAGGAUGGAAUCCGACGUGGGAGACCCAGAGCAGAUACUGUCCAAGACUUAAUAAAUGAAGGAGAGCAUUCAUCUAGCAGAAUCCGUUGUAACAUCUGUAAUCGGGUGUUUCCGCGGGAGAAAUCACUCCAGGCUCACAAAAGGACGCAUACAGGUGAGAGACCAUAUAUGUGUGACUACCCAGACUGUGGAAAAGCCUUUGUUCAAAGUGGACAGCUUAAAACACAUCAGCGUCUUCACACUGGAGAAAAACCUUUUGUUUGCUCAGAAAAUGGCUGCCUAAGCAGAUUCACCCAUGCAAAUCGCCACUGUCCGAAGCACCCUUAUGCCAGACUGAAGAGAGAGGAGCUCACAGAUACACUCAGUAAGCACCAGGCUGCGGACAACAAGGCUGCCGCGGAGUGGUUGGCAAAGUAUUGGGAAACGAGAGAGCAGCGGACGCCAACCUUGAAAGGCAAGCUUGCUCAGAAAGCUGACCAGGAACAGCAGGACCCUCUGGAGUAUCUUCAGUCCGAUGAGGAGGAGGAGGAGGACAAGGAGAAGAGUGGGGCGCAGCGCAGGCUGCAGGAGCAGCGAGAGCGCCUGCACGGAGCCCUGGCCCUCAUUGAGCUUGCCAACCUGACAGGAGCACCACUCCGCCAGUAGCUGGCAUACUGCCUCCUCCACUGUACAAAAGUACUGCCCGUUGUACUUUAAAAGUAGAUCCUUGGGCAUAAGCUAAGCACCUUAUUUGCUUAUCAUAGGCUGCUAUUCUGUAGAAAUUUAUGAAGAAUGUCAUUGCCCUGAAAUAUGGGGUGAGAGAGAAUUGCACUUUUUUUAAAAAUAUGGAAAUGGAUUUGAUGUAAAGUUUAAAAUAUUUUGUAAAUAUGGGUCUGCACAGUACAGGGUAGAAAUCUAUUGUGGGAAGCUAGAUUUUGCAAGUUUAAUGCAUUCAUUGGAAGCAGUUCUCACAGAAAGCACUUUCUGAAUAAAACACUUGUAUGACAAAACAGAAUGGUACACAGAGCCAAAGAAUCUGAAAUAGGUUAUAAGAUCAUUUUUUAACAAUGCAUAUUAGUAUGUUUAACAAUACUGUAAACACUGACGCCAACAAGAAAACAUAAGCUGUGUAUGGAAUAUACAUGUUUUUAAAUUGCCCAGUGAGGCUACAGAAUGGAAGCUAUUUUAGAACAUGUUCAAGAAGGAUUUUGGUAAGAUGGACACUUGCUCAGAAUUUUCACAAUUUGAAUAAAAUCAGCUUUAUUCUAUCUUUAGGGAGCUUUCUUAUGCUCUUACAUUUAGAUUUGAAAAUCACUUGUCAUAGUAUGUUAACUUGGGAACUUUUGCACAUUUUAUAUUUCUCAUUUGCGGAAAUUGAGUGAUUAAUCUUGCAAAGUCUAGGUAACAUGGUAAUUGGCCAUUUUUAAAGCAUGUAUUGUGGGCCCUGUAAUGAGAUUUGGCACUUGGAUUUUUCUUAAUAAGUGGGACAUCUACAGGGUUGUUUUGUAAUGAAUUGUUUCUAGAUCUUUUGUUAGCAAACACUAAAUUGUAAUUGUAUCGCUUGUUUAGAAUUCUCAGCAAGUGGAAGCCUCCAUAUUUAUAUUUCAGUGCAAAAGCCACCUUGCUUUCAGAAUAACAUACAAAACUAUUUUGUGUUCACAAAAUUUAUCUAUUGAACACUGCAGAAAAUAUUAACUACUAAAUAAAGUAGGCUUCUAGAUUAGUUUUUAAACUGCAAGUGUGUCAACUUGUCGUGGUUAUAAACCAUUUCCCCAAAUAGAUUAAGUUAUUAAACAUCACUUUUUACAUAUGUACUGAAGCAUGAGCAGAAAAAUCACAGAGCUGAGCAGUCAACUUCCUUUAUAUAGAUGUAAGCCUCGAGCAUGUUAGCUUUUUGUUUUAAGCAGAACCUAAAUAUCCAUGCCUAGCAUGGUAAUUUAUAGAUUGCUAACUUGGAGUAAAUCUCGGAAUAAUAGAGGGAAACAUGGGCGCUUCAGUGUCUUUUCCUUUUUGAAUUGAAGUAUCUUCAGAUGUAACUUAAACAUUAUUUAGAAUGUAGGCUUCUUCACAAAAAGAACCUUAAUGUGUUACAGUACAUAGGUAGUUUCACUAUAUAGCCAUGGGGAAGGGAAGGUAUGUAAAUGCCUUGAAAAGUAGUGAAAGAAGAUACAAUAACAAAUGAUGUGUAUGAAGAGGACAUACUUUAAAAAUGUAACUCCUCUGUACAGUAAAUUGCAAACCUCGAGGGAUUUUAUUUUAUUUUUGUGUGUAAUAAGAAUUUAUAUUUGUAAUGGUAAAAGGAUUUUGUUUGUAUUCUGGUAUGUAGAAUUUUAACUUGGAGCACUUAUAAACAUGGGAAGAGAGACUAUAACAUCUGCUAUUUUUGUUUAGGUUUCAAUAUUUCCUCUAGAAUUUUCCCUCAAAUACCAUUUAAAUGAUAAAACGAAGAAGAAGAGAAAAAAAAAGACUCAUUAGUCUUGGGAUCCUGAAAGUUUGAUAAAUUUACCUAAAAGAAGGAAGGGAAGUGAGAAUUUUACAAACACUUGCUAAUUCACAGAUAAGAAAAUUUAAGGCCUUCAAAAGUAAGGAUUUUCCUUGUUUCUCCAGAUUUUGUCAGUCAUAAGUUAAUGUUUUCAAGCAUAUAAAAUAUAUUUUGCAUAUUUGGAGCAGUUUAUGAAAUUAUCACAACUAUUCACUCUAGAACUAUUUAGGAUGUUCUUUUUUUACAUAAGCAAUAUACUUGGACAAAGUACACUGAAAUCUAAAAUUUGAAAUGUAUUAAUGACUGCUUUUUGUUUUAAAAAUGUGGUUUUAUAAUUAAAAAAUUUGAAGUGUUUUAUGCUUCAUGGCUAAAUUGUAAUUUGGCAGCGUUAACAGCAUAAGCAUAAACAUGCUGUAAUUUCAAGAGAUGUUUGAAUAAAAUUUUAUUUUAAUUUAAA